AUGAAUACCAUCAAGAACCUCGCCCAGAAACUCAAGGAGCUUCCUGUUCCUCUGUUUCCAACGAAAAAGUACAUCGGGGGCUCCCAAUCUGAUGAGGAUGAAGAUGUCGUGGAGGAAAACUUCUGGCCUAACAUCCGGAAGCACAUCCUUGCCGAUGAUCCAGAGGCUGAACCUAUAAAAGCCAUCUGUUCCGUGUGCUGGGACGAACUGCACGUAACAUGUAUCUCCUCAUCCAACGACAAACUCGAAGUCGGUCUUGUUGCACCCUGCGGCCACAUCAUGUGUCCUGCAUGCUGGCCACGCGAGAUUUUCGACUCAUUGUACACUAUCUACGAAGGCUGUCGUAAGUGCCCAGUUUGCGAGACUCUACUAGAAUGUUUCAUUUGCCGUAAGGCUUGCAAUAAGGUGGAGAUUCCCACGCAUGGUGGCGAGGCUGCUAUCGAGUCUUUUCCCAAGACAGCCCCAGAGUGUGGACGAGAGUACCGUCCUUACUGUAAAGACUGUGCUAAGCCGUGUCAUCAGAAAGGAGAUGGUUUUUGGUUUGAGAAUACUGAGGAGCAGGAGAGCAUGAAUAGAUCUUCAGCCAGAAGUGAAAGUAUUUGA